AUGCCUCCUCUGUCGGCAUAUACUCCGUUUGAGUCUUUACUCUUCUUCCAAUCCCUUGCGACCUCCGAUGUGCGCCCAGCCAGUUUCGCGUCCAUCUCGACACAACUAAGCAACAAUCCACUCGUGCGCCAGAAUGUAGCCUUCAGUGCCGAUCGCCUCAGCCCGGAGGCGUUAGAGGAUCUCUAUGCGACGCUAUUACGCGACGGCUUUGAUCGCGACAGCACAUCCCUUGGCCCAAAUGGACGACCGACGGAGAGUGCUAGCUCGAAUAACCCGAAGAAACGCAAGAUCUCUAGCCCGCGACCGGAUGGGCUAGCUGGCGGGUUGUCCCAUGCAGUUCUGGUUCCGGAACUCGUGGCGCACCUCUACGCGCGGUACAAAGAGCUUGUGACCAAGGAGAUCAGGGACGACGAGAAACGAUAUACGGACAUCAAAAUCGAAAUCGAGCGGCUUGGGAGAGAGGAUGUCAAGGUGGCGGUACCGACCGGGAAGGGAGCCGGCGUGCCCCAAGCUACAAAGCUUGAGCGUCGUGAAUCCAUCGAUAUCGACGUCAAGCAAGAAACCCCCCGACAGGAACGCCCCGACCAAACAAUUCCUCUCGCGAAACAAGCACAACCAGUCCAGCCCGUCCCGCAGGGAGUUCGGCCAGAACCAAGUCAGCCUCAAGAAAUCCCUCGUCCGCCAGUGCCUGUCGAAUUGCCUGGACCUCAACCACAUCAGCCUCAAGCCCAACCCACCCCGGUGAAGGCUGGUCAGCCACUACAACAGCAGCCGGUCAAUCACCAAGAUGUACCACAUCCUCCCCCUCAGCCAGCACUUACACCGCGAGCCCAACAACCAGGUCCUUCAACCCCUGCAGCAACGCGAGUGGCACCACCGCAUCCCUCGCAAGUUGCACCCCGACCUAAUGUCCCGGUGGCUACACCGAUAGCCCCGGGUAAAGCUAAUAUCCCUUUAUCCACCUCUCAGCAACCCACCCCGACUCAGUCAAGCUUCCAGCAAUGGCAGCUUGAAGCACCCCCACACUCGCCUUAUUCUGCAACAUCUCCCGCCACCGCUAUCCCCCACCCUGGCUCGGCAGCCGCCAAACCACCAGUUUCCUCGCCACAGGUUCCGUCAAGGACCCAAUCCAAGACUUCCAUUUCCUCAGCCGUUCCAAGUACUCCAGGCGCACCAAGUCCUGCAGUUCAAACCCCGGUGCCCGUUGGGUAUCCGCGCAUUUCACAGACACCGAGUGUCGUGAUUCCAGCCCACUCCGAGUCUCGUGGAUCGCGCCCACGAUUAUCCAUCGAUACGCCCGGGUCUUCUACGCCAUGGAAGAGAACCCCACGUUUGAGCAUUCCUGAAUCACCGGUAUCACCUGCACGGCCACGACCAGAGGACGUAAGCCCGAUCAGUGAAAGAGCGCCUUCACCCGAUGCUAUGGAUAUUUCACCGCCUAGAGAGAAGAAAACCACUCGUCGCAGCCAGGCAACUCCCGUAGAAACCAAGGCCACGCCGACUAUCAAAAUUGAGAAAGGCACUGCUACUCGGAGGAAACGCGCCAUCAGUUCUGCUUCCACCCAGAGCCGAGGACGCUCGGUCGCUUCGAGAGAUGAAUCGCCUGACCCAUCCAGGUCUGCCACUCGCCGAAAGGGACCAGCCGCAAUUCUGGAUGAUCAGACUCCCAAGGCACGAUCAAAACGCAAGCGUGGUGUCAGCGAGUCCUUCGAUCAUGAACCCAUUGUUCCAGAGCAACCCAGGAUCGAUACUACUAGGUACGUUCUUUGUGCACGAGGUUUCCAUCGAACAGCGGCUCCUAUCAUGAACGAUGUCACGACCCACAAGCUUGCAUCGAUCUUUGCCAAGCCAUUAGGUGAACGUGAUGCACCGGGUUAUCACGAUCUCAUCUACCGCCCUCAGGAUCUCAAAUCCAUCAAAUCUGCAGUUCAUCAAGGCAGCAAAGCCGUUGCUGCCGCAACCGAGGCCGUCAGCACUCCAGCGGGAGACGGUGAAUCGCCAGUGCCAGCUGCAGGUACACCGUCUAAGAAUAAUAUGCUCAUGUUGCAAAAGACUGAGGACCUCAUUCCUCCAAAGGGCAUCGUGAAUUCUGCACAGCUGGAGAAGGAGCUUAUUCGCAUGUUUGCCAAUGCAAUCAUGUAUAACCCGGUCCCAGCACGAGGAUUUGGUCCAGCCUUCCCGAUGAUGAACGAGCGUGGCUCCCGCGAGAGCACACAGUCGGGUGACGGGGACGAAGGCGGGAUCAUCCAAGAUUCGAUUGAGAUGUUUGAGGAUGUCGAACAGGCCGUGACUCAUUGGCGUCAAGCGGAACGUACUGCUGAGCGUAAUGCAGAUGAUUUAGCCAAUAAGAACGUGCUUGCUUUGCGGCGUGGCAGCGUCAGUGAUUUCAAUACUGACAGUGCGGACGACGUCAAAGGGUGA